UUAAUAACCAAAGUUCUUGAUGAAAUAAUACAUAUGAUGGAACCCAGUCCAACAUGAAAUAACUCAUUUUGUUGAAGUGGGGAAGGCGAAUGGAUGAAACGCGCCUCUCCCACGUGUCCUCGUCGGCCCCGGAGCGCCCUCUAUGGGCUGCGCGCGGCACUGCGUCAGCGGAGCGCCUCCUCCAUUCCUCCUGAAGCCGGAGUUGCAUUCCUCUCCUCUCCAUUCACGCGCAGGGAGCCGCCGGAGAGAGAGCCCCGCCGCUCCGUGACCAGACUGGAAUGUCCCGAAGUUUUGGAAUGUACAACCAUGGAAAGGAUAUCUAACCUCCGGAUCACUUGAACCUGGUUCCCACAUCGUGCCUCUGUGGAUGAUGUUCCUGAUGACGCCUUGCAGCACUGAGAACCCGACAGCGGAUCAAUAGCAGUUUCGUUGGCCCCCUCUCCACCUUUCCCUCUCCCCCUCAAACGGCCUUCCCUCAUUCCAAGACAGAAGAGCAGAAACGCAAGAGAACCCAGACUUGGGACCAGCACUCCUCCUCCUGCCUCUCUCCUUCCCUUACCCCCUAAACCCCGCCCCUAGAUAUCCCAGGCAUGUGUCCCCUAGCUCCGUCAGCGGCUCACUUCGGCCAGGGGAACUUGUUUCUCCUCCUGGGGCUUUUGCUGAUCAUGAGCUCAUCUCUCUCUGGAGGCCAACCCCCACCCUUAAAGCGGUUUGUCCCCGCCGAGUGGGGGCUCACACAUCUGGCCAUCCACAACAAAACCGGAGAGGUCUACGUGGGAGCGGUCAACUGGAUCUUCAAGCUGUCCAGCAACCUGACCAAGCUGCGCAGCCACAUGACCGGGCCCGUGGUGGACAACGAGAAGUGCUACCCUCCGCCCAGCGUCCAGUCCUGCCCUCACGAACUGGCCCAGGCCCCCAACGUGAACAAGCUGCUCCUGGUGGACUACGCACAGAACCGCCUCAUCGCCUGCGGCAGCACUUCGCAGGGGAUCUGCCAGUUCCUUCGCCUGGAUGACCUCUUUAAGCUGGGCGAGCCCCACCACCGCAAGGAGCACUACCUUUCGAGCGUGGCAGAGUCGGGUACCAUGUCCGGGGUCAUCAUAAGCUCCUCCCACAGUCCGACCAGCAAGCUAUUCAUAGGGACGCCCAUCGACGGCAAGUCUGAGUACUUCCCCACCUUGUCCAGCCGCAAGCUGAUGGAGAAUGAGGAGAACGCCGACAUGUUCAGCUUCGUCUACCAGGACGAGUUUGUCUCCUCUCAGCUGAAGAUCCCCUCCGACACGUUGUCCAAGUUCCCGGCCUUCGACAUCUAUUACGUGUACAGCUUCAGCAGCGAGCAGUUUGUCUAUUAUUUAACGAUGCAGCUGGAUACCCAGCUGACGUCGCCCGACGCCAGCGGAGAGCAGUUCUUCACCUCCAAAAUUGUCCGGCUCUGCGUGGACGACCCCAAGUUCUACUCCUACGUCGAGUUCCCCAUCGGCUGCACCAAGGAUGGAGUGGAGUACCGCCUGGUCCAGGACGCCUUCUUGGCUCGGCCGGGACGCCAGCUGGCCAACUCCCUGGGGAUCUCUGAGAACGAAGACAUCCUCUUCACGGUCUUCUCUCAGGGUCAGAAGAAUCGGGCCAAACCACCCAAAGAGUCCGCCUUGUGCCUGUUCACCCUGAGGAAGAUCAAAGAGAAGAUCAAAGAGAGAAUUCAGUCCUGCUACAAGGGAUACGGGAAACUCUCCCUGCCCUGGCUGCUCAACAAGGAGCUCGCCUGCAUCAACUCGCCGCUGCAGAUAGACGAUAACUUCUGUGGCCAGGACUUCAACCAGCCUCUGGGGGGAACCAGCACCAUCGAGGGCACCCCCCUCUUCAUCGACAAAGACGACGGCAUGACCUCGGUGGCGGCGUACGACUACCGUGGCAACACCGUGGCGUUUGUUGGCACCCGAAAUGGCAAACUGAAGAAGAUCUUGGUGAACUCUGCUAAUCCGGCCCGUCCAGCUGUGCUCUACGAGAAGGUGACUGUCAGCGAGGGAGGAAGUCCCUUGCUGAGGGACAUGCUGUUCAGCCCAGACCUGCAGCACAUCUACACGCUGACAGACAGACAGGUGGUGAGAGUUCCAGUGGAAAGCUGCGAGCAGUACACCACUUGUGGGGAUUGUUUGGGCUCCAGAGACCCCCACUGUGGAUGGUGUGUCCUCCACAAUGUUUGUUCGCGCAAGGACCGGUGUGAACGAGCAGGAGAGCCCCAGAGGUUUGCCUCUGACCAGAGGCAGUGUGUCGAGCUCACCGUUGAGCCGAGAAACAUCUCCGUCACCAUGUCUGAAGUCCAGCUGGUCCUGCAGGCUCGUAACGUGCCUGAUCUGUUGGCGGGGGUCAACUGCUCCUUUGAGGACUACGUGGAGACGGAGGGACAGAUCCAGGGUGGACACAUCUUCUGCCUGUCUCCUUCCGUCCGGGACAUCAUCCCAAUCACAAGGAACAAAGGUGACAAGCGGGUGGUGAAGCUCUAUUUGAAGUCCAAAGAGACGGGCAAGAAGUUUGCCAGCGUCGAUUUUGUCUUCUACAACUGCAGCGUCCACCAGUCCUGCCUCUCCUGUGUGAACGGCUCCUUCCCGUGCCACUGGUGCAAGUACCGCCACAUGUGCACCCAGAACGCCAACGACUGCUCCUUCCAGGAGGGACGCGUCAACGUCUCCGAGGACUGCCCUCGAAUCCUUCCAUCAACCCAGAUCUUCAUCCCUGUCGGGGUGACAAAGCCCAUCACCUUAGCGGCCAAGAACCUGCCACAGCCCCAGUCAGGACAGAGGAACUACGAGUGCGUCUUCCACAUCCAGGGGGAGACCCACAGUGUCCCCGCCCUGCGCUUCAACAGCACCUCCAUCCAGUGCCAGAAAACCGCGUAUGCCUAUGAGGGCAAUGACAUCAGCGACCUGCCGGUGGAUUUGUCUGUGGUUUGGAACGGAAACUUUGUCAUCGACAACCCCUACAACAUCCAAGCCCAUCUCUACAAGUGCUACGCCUUGAGGGAAAGCUGCGGGAUGUGUCUGAAGGCGAACCCCCGGUUUGAGUGUGGCUGGUGCGUACAGGAGAAGAAGUGCUCCAUGAGGCAGGAGUGUACUCCGCCGGAGAGCACUUGGAUGCACGCCACCACGGGAAACAGCCGCUGUGCACACCCCAAGAUCACCAAGUUGACUCCGGAGACGGGGCCCAGGCAGGGAGGGACCAUGCUGACCAUAAUGGGUGAGAACCUGGGCCUGCAGUUCAAAGACAUCCAGAGUGGAGUCCGCAUCGGCAAGGUGGCCUGCAACCCUCAGGAGGACCAGUACAUCAGUGCUGAGCAGAUUGUGUGCCGUCUGAAUGACGCAACAGGUUACAGGGUGCAGGACGCUCAGGUGGAAGUGUGUGUCAGGGACUGCAUUCACCCGGACUACAAGGCUGUGUCCUCCAAGUUCUUCACCUUCGUGUCCCCAUACUUUACCCGAGUCCUUCCUUCCACCGGGCCGCUGUCCGGGGGAACAAGGAUCACCAUUGAAGGCAGUCAUCUCAAUGCAGGCAGUGCUGUGUCUGUGAAAAUAGGACUUCACCCCUGUCGCUUUGAGAGGCGGGGCAACAAGGAGAUCGUGUGUGUGACUCCGGCGGGGCAAACCCCAGGAACCACCCCGGUCAUGGUGGACAUCAACUCUGCUGAGCUGAGGAACCCAGAGGUCAAGUUCAACUACUCUGACGAUCCCACCAUCCUCAAGAUCGAGCCCGACUGGAGCAUCGCCAGUGGAGGAACCAUGUUGACCGUAACAGGAACCAAUCUGGCCACCAUCAAGGAGCCCAAAAUGAGAGCCAAGUAUGGAGCUGCCAAGUCAGAAAAUAACUGCACGGUGCUCAACAACACUGUGAUGGUGUGUCUGGCGCCCUCUGUGGCAGGAUCUGACAAAGGCUUCUCGGAGUCGGGCAGCAGUCCCGAUGAGAUCGGCUUUGUCAUGGACGACGUGCGCUCUGUGCUGGUGGUAAACGAGACUUUCAGCUACCACCCGGACCCCGUGUUUGAACCUCUGAGCCCCUCGGGCAUGCUGGAGCUGAAGCCCAGCUCACCACUCAUACUCAAGGGCCGUAACCUAAUUCCUGCAGCCCCGGGAAACGCUAAGCUGAACUACACGGUGCUGAUUGGGGAGACGCCCUGCGUUCUCACCUUGUCUGAGAGCCAGCUGCUGUGUGAGUGGCCCAACCUGACUGGAGAACACAAAGUCACUGUGCGUGUUGGCGGCUUCGAAUACUCGCCGGGGACCUUGCAGAUCUACUCUGACAGCCUGCUCACUCUGCCUGCCAUCAUUGGCAUCGGAGGAGGUGGCGGCUUACUCCUGCUGGUUAUCAUCGUGGUGCUGAUUGCUUAUAAGAGGAAGUCGCGCGACGCCGACCGCACCCUCAAGCGGCUUCAGCUGCAGAUGGAUAACCUCGAGUCCAGGGUGGCCCUCGAGUGCAAGGAAGCCUUUGCGGAGCUGCAGACGGACAUCCACGAACUCACUCAGGAGCUGGAUGGAGCAGGAAUCCCCUUUCUGGAAUACCGCACCUACGCCAUGAGAGUCCUGUUUCCCGGGAUUGAGGACCAUCCUGUGCUUAAGGAGAUGGAGGUACGGGUCCCUGCUAACACGGAGAAGGCCCUGACGCUGUUCGGCCAGCUGCUGACCAAAAAGCACUUCCUCCUGACCUUCAUCCGCACCUUGGAAGCCCAGCGGUCCUUCUCCAUGCGGGACCGCGGCAACGUGGCCUCCCUCAUCAUGACGGCGCUGCAGGGCGAGAUGGAGUACGCCACGGGCGUCCUCAAGCAGCUCCUGUCUGACCUCAUCGACAAAAACCUGGAGAGCAAGAACCACCCGAAGCUCCUACUCAGGAGGACGGAGUCAGUCGCUGAAAAGAUGCUCACCAACUGGUUCACCUUCCUGCUCUACAAGUUCCUCAAGGAGUGUGCUGGCGAGCCUCUCUUUAUGCUGUACUGCGCCAUGAAGCAGCAAAUGGAAAAGGGACCAAUUGACUCGAUCACAGGAGAGGCCCGCUACUCCCUCAGCGAGGACAAACUCAUCAGGCAGCAGAUUGACUACAAGACUUUGACGCUGCACUGCGUGAACCCGGAGAAUGAAAAUGCUCCGGAGGUGACAGUGAAGAGCCUAAACUGUGACACAGUGACGCAGGUGAAGGAGAAGCUGCUCGACGCUGUGUACAAGGGGACACCGUACUCCCAGAGACCCAAGGCCUCCGAUAUGGAUCUGGAAUGGCGGCAGGGUAGGAUGGCUCGCAUCAUCCUUCAGGACGAGGAUAUCACAACCAAGAUAGACAACGACUGGAAGAGACUCAACACCUUGGCUCACUACCAGGUGACAGACGGCUCAUUGAUCGCCCUGGUGCCUAAACAGAACUCGGCCUACAACAUCUCCAACUCCUCCACAUUCACCAAGUCCCUCAGCAGAUACGGUACGAGAGAAGAGAGCAUGCUGAGGACGGCCAGCAGCCCAGACAGCCUGCGCUCCCGAACGCCCAUGAUCACCCCCGACCUCGAGAGCGGCACCAAGCUGUGGCACCUGGUUAAGAACCACGACCACUCAGACCAGAGGGAGGGGGACAGAGGCAGCAAGAUGGUCUCUGAGAUCUACCUGACCCGACUGCUGGCCACCAAGGGAACACUCCAGAAGUUUGUGGAUGACCUGUUCGAGACCAUCUUCAGCACCGCGCACCGAGGAAGUGCCCUGCCUCUCGCCAUCAAGUACAUGUUUGACUUCUUGGACGAGCAGGCGGACAAACACUCCAUAUCAGACUCUGACGUACGGCACACUUGGAAGAGCAACUGUCUUCCUCUACGGUUCUGGGUGAACGUGAUCAAGAACCCCCAGUUUGUCUUCGACAUCCAUAAGAACAGCAUUACGGACGCCUGCUUGUCCGUGGUGGCUCAGACCUUCAUGGAUUCCUGUUCAACAUCAGAGCAUAAGCUCGGCAAAGACUCGCCUUCGAACAAGCUGCUCUACGCUAAAGACAUCCCCAACUAUAAGAACUGGGUAGAAAGGUACUACUCUGACAUCUCCAGGAUGUCGGCCAUCAGUGACCAGGACAUGAGUGCCUACUUGGCGGAGCAGUCACGCCUGCACGCAAACCAGUUCAAUAGCAUGUCGGCCCUCAACGAGAUUUACUCCUACAUCGUCAAGUACAAGGACGAGAUAUUGUCGGCUUUGGAGCGGGACGAGCAGGCGAGGAGGCAGAGACUGAGGAGCAAGCUGGAGCAGGUCAUCGACACAAUGGCACUGAGCAGCUGAGGACCAGGAGGCACCUCCACCUCCUCCUUCUCUUCACUCCUCCUCCAUCCGUCUCUCUCCGGCGCUCCUCUCACUCAGACAACAAACAACACUCCAAACCCCAACAAUACGACGGACAAACUGCAAAAGGACCAUGGCAGUUUACUGCAAGCGGCGGCGGUGGGGGGGGGGGGGGAGUAUUCGGCAGAGAUGGACCGCCCCGUAUACGCUUACAUGUGUAUGUGUGUGUUUGUCUGCAGCCCCUUACAGUGUGUGGGCUCGUGUCUGUGUGAGAGACUGGGACACCAGACAUUUUGCACACAUGCAUACAUGGAGAAUAAGUAGACUGACAGCAUUUGGUUAUUGUGGAUGUAGGUGUUUGUUGUUUGCUUGAUUUUGAUUUCAGGAGUCUUGUCGUGAUGAAGAAAUGGUCAGGAAAAAAAAAAACAAUGGAAGCCUGGAAAGAAACUCCAUGCAUGGUGUCAUUAACAGAAUGGACCAAUCUGUUAUGAGCCAUUGGAGAAAGGCUCCCUAGGUCAUGUGACUCUAACGGGUGUCACAGUUUUAAAGGAUGUUAGGUUUUUCUUUUCUUUUUUUUUUUUGUAUAGAUGUAAUCAACUGCCCACUCUCUGAUCUCUCGCCACUUGUAUUACUGCUGAAUUUGCACAAUUUACAGAAACGUUACAGAGGAAGAUGACUUAGAUAUUAUAUGGAAAUACAGCAAAACAAGUUUUCAAAGAAAGAUUAGACGGAAAAAGAAAUACAUUUGUUGUUUUUCAUUUUCAUAUUAAACCAACAAACCAUGAGAAGUAAACACAAUUUGAUAUUAGAAGUACAAAAGAAAAAAGAACAACGAAAAAAGAAGCGUCGUACCGUGCCAUGUUUUCUUUGAAUGUUGUUUAGUGCAAAGACAUUUUGUUAGAUGGACUGUGCUAGCGUAUGAUUUUAAAUAUGAACAUGCCUACUGACUGAAAAGAACUGCUCGAGUAUCGACCCAUCGUGAGAUCCUUGUUGGGAGCGACGGGGAGCGAGGGUCGUCCUCUUCCUCCUCCUCCUCGUGGCAGGACAGUUCAUGGCGUUAUGGUGAAAACAUGAAGUUGCUGUUGUUUAGAAUUCAAUCAGUGCAAUCUUUUGGUUUCCGACAACCAAAAUAUAUAUUCUCCCAGGAUUGUUGCUUUCUUGUGGCACAGUGGCCGGGUCUGUUCUGGAGGGCCAGGAGGGGACAGUAGAGUAGAUCACGUCAUAGUAACUGAACAAUGAAGUAGAUACAUUGCACUACCUGAAAUAUCGGCCCGAUACGGCGAAGCCACCACAUCCACCGCUGAGGAUCGCGUCGGAGGGCUCGUUAGUUUUUUUUUUUUUUUUUUUUUUGAAACGGUGGUUCUGGAGAAAAGCCAAAGUAAGCGUUGGUGCUCUCUGACGCCGUUUCCGUCUUUACAGGAGCGAGCGCGAGGUAGAGUACAGCUUAGCUGGGCCCCUUUGUAGUGAAACAAAGUGAGAAAGUGGUUUCAGCCUAAAGGCACUUUUUUUUUCUCCUUCUUUUUCCCCAUGUUAACACUCAGAUAGAGGGACAAGGAGAAGAUACGUCUCUAAACCUCUAACCUGUCUGCUGGAGACGGGGGGGUUUAGUUUUCUAUCCAUGAGGGGGGGGGGAUGUAGAAAGAUAAAUAGGUGAGACUCCUCUGUUCAUUAGCUCCACGAGGCUGAGUAAUCCUCCCCUUAGCCUGCAGCUCUUGUUCAGAACUAGCCUACUGCCAUGUGUGGCUUAAGCUUCUUUUUUUUUUAUUACUUCUCUCUGUAGAGGUUUUAUUUGUUUCCUUUUUUUUAAGUCAGGGCUUUUUGACUUUGUGCUGAGAAAUAAUGUUUUCGAUAAUUAUUUUCUGCUUGCCGAAAAAACCAAACUGGUCUGUAAAAUGUUUUUGUUGAUGUUUUCAUUUGUAAAUUGUAUACUUUUUCAUGAUGAACAAAAGUUGUUUGCCAUUUUUUUGUAAUCAGGUCGUUGGUUCUUUUGUCUUUUUAUUUUGUGACAUGUAAAUUGUAAAUUUUUACGGUACACAGAAGACAAAAUUCUCUUCAGUUUGCCUGAAGUUGAAGUACUUGAGCGAACUUGAGGAUUAUUGUCUUGAUCUCGAGGAUCAAAAUGAAAUUAUUGCAUCAGAUGAGCAUCCGUGUGUUUGUGAUGGAAAUGUGACUUGCUGCUUUAACUCUCGUAUCAAACAUUUUUUUAUCAAACAUUAGGGCUGUUGUUUUAUGCUGAUCAUGAAUGCUGUCGCUCUCCAUUUAUGCCAGGUUCCUUGAAAAAACGAAACCAUCUGCUCAGAUGCAGGAAUAGAAUAGAAGGACUAAAUCUCCCAAAUUAAUGUCGACCCACCAUAUUGUUUACAUGCCUGAGAUGGGAAAUUACUUUCUACAGCUGCAAUAUCAGCCAAGUUCAACUGGAUAUCUGUGGGGACUUGAUAGUUCACUCAUUAUCUGCCAGAACAAAUCAUGAGGGGCCACCACUGACCACAAUAAAUACUGUCUGCUAGAAUCAGCCGUAUUAAAGAGAGGCCUGCAAAACCACCACCAAAACAUGCACAGUUCAAAGCACGCUUUUAUUUCCUUUUCCUUUUUUUUUUUUUUUUUUGUCAGUGUACAGCUGAGCUUUUGCUGCAUUUGUACAUGUUGGUGCUGCUACUGUAGAUCACACAGGAGGGAGACAGAUGAUUGUUGAGGCCAGAGCUCAGCAGUGCUGUGACGGAUCAGUUUGAGCCCGACGUACACUGGGGACAAAUACACUCGCUCCCUGCAAAGCACACACAGCAAAGCCAAGGGAGGCAACAAGUGCCCAGGUGGGGGAUGUGGCAGGCUACUUUUAAAAUAUACUUUUAAACAUUCUCAAUUCAUUCUCAGGUUCAUGCUCCACGUGUGUCGUAUUGUGGUCGUAAUCUGGUUGGAGUGCUGAGGGAGUCGGCUCGUUCAUCGUCUGCAUGGCUACUUGCCUUUUGGAUUGACCUACUGGAUGCAUAUUUAGUGACACUUCCCAGUCAACACUGUUUAGUGGAAUAGUUGACUCGUAAUAAUUGUUGUGGAGGUGGUUUACAGCCCACAGUCUGUCCUUAAAGGGUGUUUGGUGUCAUCAGCUGACGAAGAACAACAACAUGUCGACUGCGCUUUGAUGCUGUCAGAUCAGCACACGUGAACAAGUGCUGCACUGGCUUCAGUAGUAGCUCAGUCAGCAGGACGUCAUGUGACUCAUGUAUACAUUCGCAGCUCUUUAUUCCCAGUGCCCAGUCUCUGUUUUACCUUCCAAAAAAAAAAUCUCCCUGUUCAAUCAAAUGCAACUCCUGGCACCGUUCUGUUUUUAAUGGAUUUUUUGUGAUUUUCAGUUUUCUUCAAUUUCUCUAAAUCUUUGUUCCUUUUUGUUGUUGUUGUUGUUGUUGGAUGUUACACAGAAUCCAGGAAAACAAAUGAAUUUCAGAAAGAUGGCAAAGGAACUUUAGUACUACAAUAACUACAUUUUCACAGUUACAGACUUAAAGCGACUGUCACAAGUUUGCAGGUUCAUUCAUUAUGUAAAUAUUCUGUUAUUUCCUAUUUUGCAGAUUUACUACUUGUAAAUAAACACGCAUCAAGGAGAGAUUAAACAUUUUUUGCUAAAUAAAAUGUGGCUUGAGAUUUCUA